GGACGAGCGGGACGACCUGAGCGCAGCCAGCGCGCCCGCCGUGCCGGAUCCGCCGCCUGCGCAUCCCGGGGCGAAGAGAAGGUAAACAGCCCAUGUGACUAGGAAAUAGCUCUUCUGGAAGAGAGGCGAGGAUUUGAAGCCAUCAUGUCUUUUUACUACAAUGAAGCCUUUGAAAACCCGGACUAUCACUCCUCUGAAACCCUGGUGGUUGACAGAACACGACCUUCUCUGAGCAGCACUUUCCCCCAACAUAACCCUUACGAUUCCUAUGAAGAAUAUGGCGUGGAAGGAAGACAAGGGCAGAUUCCACCAGGGGAAAUCCCUAUGCAGUCAAUGUGGACUCAGUCUGAUGCUGAAUACAGUCCAAGGGAUUUGGCAUUCAGGAUUCCCCAUUCAAAUCCAUAUGGAAAUGCACAGAUCAAUCCUUCAUUUGAAUAUGAACCGGAAUUUGCACAGACGCUGCCCACUGCCAGGAGUGCUUUGAAUGAUGAUUACGCACACAGACCUUUUGAUGCAGAUGAUGGAGCUAAUUUCAUUCAGAGAGAAAACAGGCAAGAUACUGAUACGGUUUUCAUGACAGAUUCCAGUCAACCUCAGUUGCACCCAGGAUAUAAUGAAGACAGGAAAAAAGAUGAAAAAUUAAUCAAUGAUCUUGCUGUCAUGUCCACCCGUGAAAGGAUUAAAACUAUCAAGAAGAUUCCAAAGCCCAUGAGAGAAAAAAGAGAGAUCAGGAAUAAUGCUAUUAAGGAAAGAACAAGAAAGUCCCGCAGACACGACGCUCAAAUGAACAGUUGCGCUCAGUGCUUCUACAACACUGCUUUGCUCUACCAUAUCCCUUUUUCGCUGCAGUGACUAGACCGGCACACAAUCUGCUAAGUGUGUUCACACCACAGGUUUGUAAAAGGACAGUGUGACAUCGGUAGUUAUAUUUCAGUGCCUUUCCUAAUUGUGCUUACCCCAGAGUUUGCCCUUUUCAAAGCAGCCGCGGACCGGUUUGACAUUUUCAUCAAGCUUUCUACCACCCGCUGACGAGCCCUUUCUUGGUCAGUU